GGUAGUUUCCCGGCCAAAACGGAAUAUGCUCAGCCCGGCUCAGCCCCGCUUUGCUUGGUGCCUCCACAAUUUUGGACCUCCUCGACUUUCCGUAGACGGAAACCUGUUUCCAUAGAAACAGUGGCUGAGGCUGCUGGGGGGGAAUCUCAUACGUCACGACAACAGGCCAAAAUGUCUUUCCGAGACUUAAGAAAUUUUACAGAAAUGAUGAGGGCCUUGGGGUAUCAUCGUUUGAUCUCUAUGGAGAAUUUCAGAACGUCAAACUUCGCUCUUGUUGCAGAAAUUUUAAUAUGGCUUGUGAAGAGAUAUGAGCCUCAUAUUGAAAUUCCCACUGAUGUGGACACAGAGUCAGACAGAAUCUUCUUCAUCAAGGCUGUGGCUCAGUUCAUGGCAACAAAGGCUCAUAUCAAGCUGAACACCAAGCAUCUCUAUCAGGCAGAUGGCUAUGCAGUGAAGGAGAUGCUCAAGAUCACCUCAGUUCUAUACAGUGCUAUGAAAACCAAGCAGAUGGCCCUGGAAGACAGAGUGGAAGAAGACAACAACAAGUUCAAGUUUGACCUUAGCUCACGGAUUAUGGACCUUAAAGCUGCUCGCCAUUUGGCAUCUGAGGUCACAUCCAAAGGAGCAUCUUUGUAUGAUUUACUGGGAAAAGAGGUUGAACUGAGGGAAAUGAGAACAGCAGCCAUUGCUCGGCCUCUGGAGAUUAAUGAGACUGACAAGGCCCUGAGGGCUGCCAUCAAGGAAGUUCUAGAACGUGUUGAAAAGACCAAAGAGUUGCUCAGUAACAUUGUCUCUGAUGAGACUAGUCUGGAUGCCAAGAUAGAAAAGAAGAAACAAGAGCUGGAGAGGCAUCAGAAGAGGCUCCAGACCCUGCAAAGUGUCAGGCCAGCAUUCAUGGAUGAAUAUGAGAAGAUAGAAGAAGAUCUGCAGAAGAAUUAUGAGACCUAUGUGCAGAAGUUCAAGAACCUCAGUUUCCUGGAGUCUCAACUGGAAGAAUAUCACAGACUGGAAAUGGAAAGAUUUGAGGAAGCUGAAAACAAUAUGAGGACAAUGCAACACAAAAUGAGAGAAGAGGAGAGGGAUUUGAUGAAGGGUUCAUUGAAAGAUGAGGAUUCUGACUUAGACAUUCCAGAGGAUGAAGGUUCAGACAGUGACCUUGAUGAAUCUAGACCCUCUAAACCACAACCUACAAGAAAUGUCCUCAUGGCAGGGAGAGGAGCUCAUUUCAUUGGUAACAUGCAAGGCGGUGACAGUGAUGAGGCUUUAUCCAGAAGGUCAAUCCCUCAUUCCAAAAAACAGCGGAAAGGAAAGACUGAAGACAGCCAGAUCGAUGAAAAUGACGAGGACGAUGAGGAAGGCGAGGAGGAGGAGGAUGAGGAGAGCAAGGACUUGGAGGAUGAUAGUUUGGAGGGCCCAAUCCCUAGAAGUAAUCGUCCUCCUACAGGAGGCGUGAGACGCCCUCUACUGGAGGAAAGCAAUAACGACUUCUGAAAGAAGAACUUGCUUACACCAAAUAGAUUUUCAUAAGUUCUAUAAAAUAUUCAUUAUUUUUAGAUGUCAAUAGAGUUGCUCCUAUUUUUUUUAUAUUUGUGAGAACUAUUUCUCAAAAUUAAAUGUUGCAU